CCUGAACGCAGCUCGUCUCAUUCUCGUUCGUCUCUCGUUACGGUUCUUUAGGCGGGAAGUUUGAACGUCAUUAUCAUUUAUUCAUCGCAAAUAUGCUCACUAGCUGAAGAUAGCUGAAGGAAUGAAUCACACAGUGAACAUUAAAGAAUUGCUGAAUAAACCGUCAACAGGAAGCAGAUAUGCAGGUACCAACUUCACAGAUAGCCAGUUUUCCUUUGGGUCCCAGUUCUGGAGGGAGAAUUCUCAAUGGAACUCCCCCGAAAUGAGUUUGUUGACCAGAAGCUCUCAGCAUAGUUCACAAGAGUUUAGUGACCCAAAGAUUUCAACCCGUUAUCGCUCCAAACCCCUCCUGUUUGGAGACCCAAAAGACAAAGAGACACUUUUGGACACAUUUGAGGAGGCAAAGAAAAAAGCAAAAGAAAGAUAUGACAGUGAUAUGAUUGCAAGAGAAUGCCUUCAAAUUCGCGAAGCCAUGACCAAAAUCCAACAACUUGUUUCGAGCACAGAAGAAAAUGCAACUGUAUGCCAAACCAGCCUCCAAAUGUUAAGCAAUUUGUCUUCAACAUUACAAAUUGUACACAGCAGCCAGAGCAACAUUUCGCAACAGUUUGAAAUGUUAUUGAACACAGUGAGUUUCCAAAAAGAGACAAUGACAGAAUUGGACGAACGAGUGAAAAAGAAUGAGGAAAACAGCUUACAGCUCGUUUCAAAUAUGCAAAAUGAUGUGGAGUCUCUAAGACUUGAGCAAGAAAAAGCCAAUUUGAAGCAAGCAAGCAUGCUUGAGGAGGCAUUGCAGCUACUUAAUGCCAUAGUUUCAGAGCAUUCAGGUAAGCUUGAACCUAUUAAAGUAACUGACAAAGCCAUGCAGACAUCACCAGGACAAGACAAAGGGAUCCAAACGGCACAGAAUUCCUAUGCAGCAGACAUCCAAAGUGCUGCUUUUGAUUUGGCUGUCACAAUGAGAAAGAAGAAACCGUCAAGUAGAUACAAAAGGAGACCUUUGGUCCGACAGGGAUCUAGGCCCACCGUCACAGAUGAAAACAGUCAAUUGCUAAACAGCUGCAGAAAACGACAAAAUAUCUCAAGACCUCUCAAAAACAUUGAUUUUCCAGACAUAUUACUACAACAGAAGCCAAAGAGCAGUUCCAAUACAGGAUGUAUGAUCACACCUCUCAGCUGCUGGUCUCAAGAGAGCAGCAGCCCUGAAAGCACCAGAAAAAUUAAACCCACCUCAGAGAUGGUGCAAACAGAUUCCAGUCCUAAUGAUGCCCUAUGGCAGCUGUUUAAGACAGAUAAGGUCUGAGGUACAGUUUUCUAGAUCACAAGUCAAUGACGUUUAUUAUUGAUUAGUCUAUCAAAACAAUCCAUUUGGUUAUGUUUUAUUUAUUUGGUUGGUGAGAAUGUUGAUAGGAGCGGCAAUACCUAUUGUUGAAUACAUGCAUGGCACAUUUCCUAAAGACUUGGAAAGACUCAUGGAAAGUUGGUUCAUUUCCUAUCGUUUAGAAAUAAGUAACACAAUUAGUUUCUCUGCUCAUAAUUAAAACUGACUCAUUUUGUGUUUUUGCUGUUGGAUUGUUAUUUGAAAAAAAGUCACUUUCAAGUUUAUUUGCAUUAAUGGUGAUAAUGACAUGAGAGUACCUAAAAUUCGAUAUUUCUGUUUUUCCAAAAUAUCAAACAUGCGGAUUCUUUGAAGCUCUGUUAUAUUAGAUUGUAUACCAUUUGAGUAGAAACAAUAAAGUACAGACAAUUGGCAAUGUAGAUAAUGUGUAUAUUUAUUACAAAAAUAAUUAUUCAAACAUGUCUUACUUCAGUGCAUGCUUAGAUGUUUGACAAAAGGUUAAAGAGGCACUAAAGUCACUUUACAAUAUUUUGAACUGUUUCAUGUAUACAGAAAUGAAAUGAAAUGGAAGUCCUGGGUGAAGAGUGUUAUCUGUGUAAUUUUUUAAUUGAUUAAAUAUGGAGCGAAUAUGAUAUUACACAUGUGCCUUAUUAUGCAAGCACCUGCCCUCAUCGUUUUUCCUCCACGCUCACUAAUAUUGAGAGUGCUGAGCACUAGGGACCGGCAAUACUGCAUAUUUUGGUAUAAAUCUCAUACCAAAUAAAUAUGGGCCGUAUUGAAUGGUAAAUCUGAGUGUCUUUAAAGGAUGAAACAGUUUUAAUGUGCCACGUGAUCACAAUACCAUUCAAUAAAUAAGGUAAAUGCUUCAUUGAUAAAUUUCAACUAGUUUUGAUGACCUUAAGACAUUUUUUGUGAUUCCAUUUUUAAUCAAAUAGUUUAAACAGCUCCGUUCUGACAAAGAAGCAUAGCGCAUCAGGUGACCUGGUUGUUUCCUAGUUGCCGAAACCACAGCAUUGCAAACGAGUGCUAUUUAUCGAUCUCUCCAGAUUAGCAUUGAUCUGAUACUGACUUGCUAUCAAGAAAAUCGAUAUUGGUAUUGAUCUGCCAAUCCCAACUGUUUGGAGGUUGCCACUUCCUAGUUCUUAACUCAGCCGCACCAAGCAUAAAUAAUGACGUUUUUAA